AUGUUCCACCAUCUACAAGGUCUACCAAUCUCAAGCUAUACUCAUGCAGUGCCCCGAAUUUUAAUUGGAGUCAAUAAUAUCCGGUUGACAGUUCCUCUUCGAGUUAAAGAAGGCAAGCUCAACGAACCAGUUGCUACCAAGACACGCCUUGGUUGGUGUGUUUAUGGGGGAACAGUCGAUGUAAUAGAAAAAUCAACAGUGAAUCUUCAUACAUGCGUGUGCAUAACCGAUCGAACACUCCAUGAUACGGUAAAAGAUUACUUCGCAUUAGAAGAUACUGGUAUUGCGGCUUCAAAAAUGUUAGAAUCGGCAGAUGAUAUCAGAGCAAAUAAGAUUCUGGAAGAAUCAACUAUUCGCGUUGGCCAACGUUUUCAGACCGGUCUACUAUGGAAAUACGAUCCUGACCUAAUUGAGUUUCCGGACAGUUUUCCUAUGGCCAUGAAACGAUUCGAAUGUCUCGAAAGAAAGCUGGAAAAAAACCUGAAAAUAAAACAAACAAUUGAACAACAAAUUAAAGAUUAUGUAGCAAAAGGAUACGCUCGUCGAGCUACUACAGAUGAACUUGAAAAUAGCGAUCCUCGGAAAGUAUGGUACUUACCGUUGGGUGUAGUAGUGAAUCCCAAGAAACCGGGAAAAGUACGUAUGGUUUGGGAUGCAUCUGCCAUGGUAAAAGGAGUGUCGUUAAAUACAAUGUUGUUAAAGGGACCUGAUCAGCUCGUUGCAUUACCAAGAGUUCAUUUUCGAUUUCGCCAGUUCGCUAUUGCAGUAACGGGCGAUAUAGCAGAAAUGUAUCACCAGAUUCUUAUCCGCCCCCAAGAUCAACAAUCUCAACGAUUUCUUUGGCGAUCAGUCCCGAACAAAAAUCUAGAAGUUUUCGUUAUGCAGGUAGCGACGUUUGGAUCCACUUGUUCUCCUGCAUCCGCCCAAUACGUCAAAAACCGGAAUGCCAUGGAGUUUUCUGAGAAAUAUCCCCGAGCUGCAGAAGAGAUUAUAGAUGGUCACUAUGUAGAUGACUAUAUGGGAAGCUUCGCCAGUAAAGAAGAAGCCAAAAAAGUUGCUGUUGAAAUACGUGAUGUUCAUGCUCAUGGUGGAUUCAAAAUACGAGACUGGAAGUCAAACUGCCCCGAAGUUAUCGAUGUACUGGAGAAACAAACAAUCAGCAAUCCGUCGUGCAUUGGGAUCAACUCGACAAGUAGCGAGAAGGUGUUAGGCAUGCAAUGGUUCUCCGGAGAAGAUCUCCUAGCCUACAGCACCUCUUUUCAACAAGAUUUGCAGAAGCUUAUCACUAGCAAAAAUAGACCUACAAAGCGUCAAGUUCUCAAAUUUCUGAUGAGUGUGUUUGAUCCUCUGGGGCUUUUAGCAGCGUUCGUGGUGCAAGGGAAAGUGUUGUUGCAAGACAUCUGGCGUGCUGGGACCAAAUGGGAUGAAGAAAUCGACGACCAAGGUUAUGCGAAGUGGAUACGAUGGACUGACCUCUUCAAAGUGAUAGCGGACCUAAGAAUCCCCAGGUGUUAUUAUCCCGGUGCAACAGCUCAACAGUACAAGUAUUUAGAACUCCACGUAUUUGCUGAUGCAAGCGAAGACGCUUAUGCUGCAGUUGCCUUCUUCCGUAUUCCUGUUUCCGACGAAUCUUUCCAGUGCUCCUUGGUUGCGGCUAAGACAAAAGUAGCCCCUCUGAAACACUGCUCCAUCCCUCGUUUAGAACUGCAGGCGGCCGUUCUCGCAACACGUUUAGCAACAUUCAUCAAAGAGGGGCAUACUUUGACAAUACACAAAACAGUCUUCUGGUCAGAUUCAAGCACAGUUUUGGCAUGGAUACGCUCCGAUCAUCGGCGUUAUAAACAGUUUGUUGCCUGUCGUGUUUCUGAGGUCUUAACAACAACUACGAUCUCUGACUGGCGGUGGAUAUCGACGAAACUAAACGUAGCAGAUCUAGCGACAAAAUGGGGUCAAGGAGGCCAACUGAAUACAAACAGCUCAUGGUUUCAGGGUCCCGAGUUCUUGAAAUUAGGUGAAAAGUAUUGGCCUAGACCAAAAUCAAUCUUAGCUACCAACGAAGAGAUGAAACUUUGUGGAAUACAUCAUGGUAUUACUGUUCCGGUACCGGUGAUUGACCCUUCACGUUUUUCACGGUGGACUAGGAUGGUAAGAGUGACGGCGUACGUUUUACGGUACUUUAACAACGUUCAAAAGAAAAGAUCAAAGCUGAAUAGUUCUUAUCUCACUCAAGAUGAAUUGCAGGAGGCUGAAAAUUACCUUUUUCGCAUUUCACAAUGGGAGGCUUUUCCAGAAGAUAUGUCAGUACUGCUGUCGACUACCAAUGUUGGUGUAGAAAAGAACAGUCCUUUGUACAAGUUAUCCCCUUACUUAGAUGAGCACGGAGUGCUCAGAGUGGACGGUCGAAUAGGAGCGGCUAGGAACGUUGAAGAGAGAACCAAGUUUCCAGUAAUCCUGUGCAAGCAACAUCGGGUUACCGAUCUCCUGAUCGAUUACUAUCAUAGUAAAUAUCAUCACGCAAACUUUGAAACUGUAGUGAACGAAAUAAGACAAUUUUUCUACAUCCCUCAAAUACGAUCGCGAGCCAAGAAAAUCGUAAAACAUUGUCAAUGGUGCAAAGUGUACAAAGCACGCCCUCAAGUUCCCAGAAUGGCACCGCUUCCUGAAGCAAGAUUAGCAUCAUUUACCCGACCCUUUAGCUAUGUUGGGCUAGAUCUUUUCGGACCGGUUUCUGUUAAAGUUGGUAGAAGCGCAGUGAAGCGAUGGGUAGCCUUGUUCACGUGCUUAACCAUACGCGCAGUACAUGUGGAGGUUGUGUACGGUCUGGACACUCAAUCGUGCAUCAUGAGUAUCCGUCGGUUUGUCGCUCGUCGUGGCUCUCCGCUAGAAUUUCAUUCAGAUAACGGCACAAACUUUCGAGGUGCAGAUAACAUACUACAGAAUCAGAUACGUAACAUUCAAGAAGGACUGGCGUCAACGUUCACAAAUACCGUAACGAAGUGGAUUUUUAUUCCUCCUGGAACCCCGCACAUGGGAGGCUCCUGGGAGCGUAUGGUGCGCUCGGUAAAAACAGCGAUGUACUCAAGUAUUGAAGCCGGACGGAAGUUGACCGACGAAGCUCUAUUGACCCUGCUGGUUGAAGCCGAAAGCAUAGUAAACUCAAGACCACUGACGUAUCUUCCGUUGGAGGCUCCAGAGAGUGAAGCUCUUACUCCAAAUCACCUUUUGCUUGGUAGCUCUAGCGGCAUAAAACAACCUGGAAUAGAACCGGUGGAUGAAAGAUUGGCGCUCAAGAACUCCUGGUAUCAAAUUCAACAUCAAGCUGAUAUCUUCUGGCGUCGUUGGACUCGUGAAUAUCUUCCGGAACUGACUCGCCGAACAAAAUGGCUGGGAGAAUCGCGUCCAGUUAUUGAAGGAGAUUUGGUCAUAAUCGUAGACGAUGGAAAAAGAAAUGGUUGGAUACGGGCUACGAAAACCGCUGCCGCCUACAUCGACACGCUGCAGACACGCCGGGCCGCAACAUGGGCCUCUAUUGUCGCCGAUCUGCUUUCGUCGAGAACCGACUGCCCCGUACUGUUAGAAGCACUCCAAUUCAGCGUGCCAUCUCGAGGCUUGAGGAAUCGUGGUCUUCAGCCCUUUGCUCCUCUUCGACAGAAAAACUACGAAGCUAAUUGGUGCAAUAAGGACAUUUAA